UGUUGGAUUGGGUAGAUCGCCACGAUCCUACAAUAUUACCGACCGACGCUAAGCUGUUAUUGACCGGACCGCCCUGUCAGCCCUGUCAGCCCUAUAGUAGCCCUACCUACCUUAACUACCCUAUGGACCGACUGCUUUUCCUUCAUCUUGGUUCCCUCAGGCUCCUAGGAUUGACUAUCGCCCAUCCGAAGGUGACGACACCAUCUCGUUGAUAUUGUCGCGGGGUUGGAUUGUUUUGUAAGCCUUCGAUGGACCCCGCCAAAGGCUUCCCUAAUAACUUUAACCCACCUUACCAAAAACCUGGUGGUGUGAGGUUCACGUACCUAACAUGGCGGACGACCCUAUCACCUUGGACGACUUCCAUUUCGAUAACAUAGACAAUGACCAACCAUGGGCUCUUUUUGAGAUGGAUCCCAUGGAGGAGGGUUCUCUUAAGGUCAAUUUAUCAGUGGGAGAGUCGGAUUUCCAUCGGAUUGGAGUUGUAUCUGCCACAAUCGACGAUUUGAUAGAAGAUGUACCCGGCAAUGGUAGCAUAGCCAACGCCAACGUUGAGCGAAGGCGGCCCUAUGCCAAUACGCCAUUGGACAUGAAUGAUCCGGCCGUAUUGAACGAGUAUACAUCACUGUUACUAUUUGCGAACAACCCGUCGGCCCAAAAUCUCGACCUUGAGAGUUGCAGCUUAUCCAGACAGGCAACUGUCCAAGCACUUGCAGCAAAAUUUGACCUUCAAUAUUCGCAUGAUACUUCUCUAGGUACAAUCCAACUUCGAAAGAAGACUUACGGGAAUAACUCUCAGCAACACGAACAGCAAUUAAGGCUUGCCCAAAAGCCUGUUGCGUCGUCCGAACCUCUGCUUCCCCUGCCCCCUCCACAGUUCCCUCGGUGGAACUCUCAGCAAAAGCAACAUGACGAGUUGUCCAACGGAAACAACCUGUCCCCAUUCCUUCACGGUGAUGUUCCUGCAAUGAACAUGGGCAUGAUACCUGAUGAGAUAGACUUCGGGAAUUUUGAAUCUUGGAUAGAUGCUGGAAAUUAUUCCUUGGCUACCCCGCCAUAUCCAGGACCUUCCGAGGAUGAACAAGAGUUAUGUCGGACAAGACUACAAUCAGCCCCCAUUCUCCCGCGACGAAAUUCUUGGACUGGAUUGUCCCGCACGUUGAAGGAGGUUGGUGCUUGUUGGAGGUGUAAAAUCCUUCGAAAAAAGUGCGACCCUGAACAGCCUUGUAAGGCAUGUCCUCGAUCGGGGAUAAACAAUUCUCGCUGGCAAGCUAUCGGCUGUAAGCGUGGUACGCUCCUAGAUCACAUGCGAGAUGUGACCUUAUGUCCAAAGGCUAGUCUCACCGGCGGGAUCGACGUUGAUGGAACCCUCGAUACAAUAAUACGAAUUCGUAGAGCUGAAGAGUGUUUACGGGACGCGUCGGCCCGUCUCGAUGAUAUUUGUGUCGCCGGAGGCGAUACGUAUACGAAGGUUGUGCUCGAGAUUCUAUGCUCCCCGAUACCUCUUGUAACCGACAUGACUUUGUCCUUGAGGCAUGACGUCGAGGCAAACGCAAUUCAUAUCGCAUGGGGGCUCAUUGACAUCGUGGCCGCGAAGGAGGUACUCCACAUCAAAUCCGCCGAGCAGACCCUCGAUGUCAUGAAAGCUGCCAUCACUUACGAAACGGAAUACGGCCUGUCCCAAGCCGUCCCUAUUGCUACUGAGUGUUUCGUUAAUUGUAUACAAAUUUUGAGGUUGUAUGAAGGAGGUCAUUUAGUGCCCGAGGUACACGAUGACUGUAAGGCCGACAAAUGUCAAAUACAGCCUUUCCAAGACCUUACCUCCAACGUCAAGUCUUUUACAGACGAGCUGUCUAAGGUAAUAUUCAGAAAGGAGAAUCGCCUUCAUGAAAAGAGAUGGUGGUUAUCGACUUUCUACGGUCUUUGGAUACAGUCUUAUGUACGACGAACGAUUAAAUUCGUAGAAGCCGAGACUGAGACUCAGCUCAGUUCCGAAACAAGAUGUGCCGAUGCUACCUACCUUUUACUUGCGCUAGAAUUAUUCGAAGCGGCAUCAGCUUCGUUCGACCCCCUAAUGUCAGCAUGGUCGCUCGAGGAAGAACCCCCUCAUAUGGAUUUACGACUCGUGAAAUAUUAUCGACUCGCGCAGAAAGCGCUUUUCACUGAGGAACGAUGGAUAUGUGAUACUGGCGGCUCUAUUGAGUAUUUAAGGCAUCUAUAUCAUGAUAGAGACUCGUCUCCUACCGUACGUUUCAAAGACGACAUACCGUUAUCCUCCAUGUCUAGCAUGGGUAACGACGACACCGAGAGCCAUGGGGCCUUUAGCCCGUUCAGCCCACGGCCGUCCAUUUUCCAAUCACACAAGAUGGCACAAUCUAGUCGCAAAUUCUCGGUUCCUCUGAGGACUAGAUCUGGUGCGAAACGACGCGCUGGUUCUCCCUUACAGGAUACGGGCUUCAUGCGGCGGAAUGGAAGUUCUUCUAGCGUAUUAGAUGGAAGAGACGUACGAAGCCGAGGCCUUCCAAUAGCUAGUCCUGCAUCUCCGAUGUCUUCAGCAUACUCUUUCGCAUACGGUACAAGUAGCUCUACCAGAUGGAAUGGUAGCGGAGACAGCUUGGCCGAGAUGGCUAGGUUCUAUGGAACAAGUCCCCCGAAUCAUCGAGAUCAGUUUAACUAUCUUAGUCCAUCAAAAGGGAACAGACCUUCAUUGAACUAUAAAAGCAGCAACGAAAGCUUUCUUGAAUUACCUAGAACGCUAAACAAGCGGCGCCCGGCAAGUAGUAAUACCAAUGACGGCCUCCGAGGACUAUUCGUUUGCGAAUGCUGCCCUAAGAAGCCGAAGAAGUUUGACACCAUGGAAGAAUUAAGCGCUCACGAGAACGAAAGAAAGUACCAAUGUAGCUUUUGUGGAACUCGUUUCAAGUCCAAGAAUGAAGCCGAGCGCCAUGAGAAUAGUCUUCAUGUGCGACGGCAAGCUUGGUCAUGUUCAAAUAUCCUGAAAACCGGAUACACAAAUAUCUUCCAGGAAAGCCUCAACCAACCCGGAAUAGCCGAUACAUGUGGGUAUUGCGGAGAAGAUUUUCUUCGAAGCGGAGAAGGCAUACCGAAACAUGCCACCGAAAAGGAUUGGGACGAAAGGCUUACUCAUGUGCGAGAAACCCACAAGUUCGGAGAAUGCAACUCGUCAAAGAAAUUUUAUCGAGCGGACCAUUUCCGCCAGCAUGUCAAACAUUCACAUUCUGCUACCUUGGGUAGAUGGAUAAAUGCGCUUGAGAGUGUAUGUAUGAUUGAUGUCCCUGAUCCAAAGAAAUCGGGGGAUGAACCCUGAAAGGUUCAUGGCAAUAACCAUUCCACGUAAAUAUAUUUUCUGGCAAAUAUAUCAAAGAGAACACUUCCUACAUGCGGUUCAUCAAGAAGGUACAGCGAGGUGAUUUUAUUAAACCCAAAUCCCACCAUUCAACAACUCCGCGGAGUGGAGUUAUUGGCUCGGACAUUCUAAUAGUAAUCCCUAGCAUACUAACUCGUGCAAGUAUACUCUCAUCAUGGACAUUCGUCAUAGGAAUAAAGAAAGAACUUCGGUCGCGUACGAUUGAUACGUGAGACCGCCCAAAUAGAUAUUAAUG